GCGCGCGUCCUCCUCGGAUGCUCUGAAGGCCCGCGGACUGCGCUCCGAAGGCGAGGGGUGUCCGGCUGCCUCCGCGCCGGGCUCGCCUUUGUUUGCGCGUAACCGGCGGAGGCCUCCGAGGGUUCAUCUCUGCUUCACGUCAGCGCCUCUCCUCGGUUCUCAUGGGGACCACCGAAGCCACGCUCCGGAUGGAAAACGUGGAUGUGAAGGAAGAAUGGCAGGACGAAGGUCUUCCCAGGCCACUCCCAGAAGAGACAGGGAUGGACCCUCUCGGCAGCCCCACGGAAGACACGUCCCCCCCUCCCAACACGUUGAACUUCAACGGAGCUCAUCGGAAGCGGAAGACGCUGGUCGCCCCGGAGAUCAACAUCUCCCUGGACCAGAGCGAGGGCUCCCUGCUGUCUGACGACUUCCUGGACACCCCUGACGACCUGGACAUCAACGUGGACGACAUCGAGACCCCGGACGAGACGGACUCGCUGGAGUUUCUGGGGAACGGCAACGAGCUGGAGUGGGAAGAUGACACCCCCGUGGCUGCCGCCAAGAACAUGCCCGGGGACAGCGCAGACCUGUUUGGGGACGGUGCAGCGGAGGACGGCAGUGCCGCCAAUGGGCGCCUGUGGAGGACGGUGAUCAUCGGAGAACAGGAACACCGAAUCGACCUGCACAUGAUCCGGCCCUACAUGAGGGUAGUGACCCACGGAGGGUACUACGGCGAAGGUCUCAACGCCAUCAUCGUGUUUGCCGCCUGCUUCCUCCCGGACAGCAGCUCCCCCGACUACCACUACAUCAUGGAGAACCUCUUCUUGUACGUCAUCAGCAGCCUAGAGCUGCUGGUGGCCGAGGAUUACAUGAUCGUCUACCUGAACGGCGCCACGCCCCGCCGCAGGAUGCCGGGCAUCGGCUGGCUGAAGAAGUGUUACCAGAUGAUCGACAGGAGAUUGCGGAAAAACCUGAAGUCGCUCAUCAUCGUGCACCCGUCCUGGUUCAUCCGCACCGUGCUGGCCAUCUCCCGCCCCUUCAUCAGCGUCAAAUUCAUCAACAAGAUCCAGUACGUGCACAGCCUAGAAGAUCUGGAACAGCUCAUCCCCAUGGAACACGUGCAAAUCCCGGAGUGCGUGCUACAGUACGAGGAGGAGAGGCUCAAGGCCAGGAGAGAGAGCGCCCGGCCGCCCGAGGUCGUCCUGCCCGGGUCCGAGGAGAAGCCCGAGGCCGCUUCGGCAGAGGACAGGUCUGCUCCGGGCACAGAAGACCAGGAGACCAGCCUGUCCUGAGGUGACAAGAACACAGAGAAGGACAAGAAAGAAGAUUCCAGAUGCCAAGAAACCUCUGUCAGACGCCCUCUGGCCCUGGACCUCAUCCCCGCCUCGUCCCACGUCCCCGUCUUGGGAGGAUGUCCGUCUCCUCCGCCCGUCUCUGAAACCCAGCAUCCUUUUUAGCUGCUUGAAAUUUUUUUUUUUUUAAACAACGCAGUAUUCGUGUGUUCCAGAAAGGACCUGGCUCUCAGCCCUCCGCCCUUCCACGCCCGUGAGCUCACAGCCGAGGGCAAGCAGCUCAGGGCGCAGCCCGGGUGUCCUGGACGGCUUCAGAGUCCCCUCCCACUGCACACAGUCCCAACUCGAGACCCUUCUCUUGCUUGUCAGCGGGCCCACGUUGGAGCCACCGAUGCCCACCAGCUCCCUGGCCGGAUCUGGACUCGUUCUUGUGCCUUUUCUCCUAGAACAGCCCCUGCCACUCUGGGCAUCAGGCUUGGAAGCUCCGCCCCCAGCAGUGCCGUGCCCCGGGGACCUCCCGUCAUUCCACCUCGUGGGUUUUCAUCUGACCGGCUUCCCCCCCUCCGUCUCAUACAGCACUCCCCUUCUUUGGGAGCAUCAGAGCCUGCAGCAGCAAUGAGCUGUUAGUAAUUAUCACCCCUCCCUUUCUAGAACAUUCUCAAGCCCAUCUAACAUGGAUGCCACACCCCAGGGCAGUCCUGGUCAAUACCUCCUACUGAGGGAGUGGUAUCCCCACUUGCCUGGUCCCCCCCAGUGCAGGGUUGGGAUGUACCCCUCAGGCUCCCGCCAAAGGCAAUGGGCUCUGAACUGCAGGAAGGAAGAUACAGGGUAUUACAGGUUUGGGUAGUUGGAAGUGCACUUGGGAAAGGAAGUCCCUGUGGCCUGGAAGCUGUGGGGACUCGUGUCAAAGGAGGACAAUUCACCUUGGACAAAAGACAGACUUUUCUGACGUAGCCCAAACAACGGUCAGGCGGCUGGUUGAGGUAGUGAGUUCCCCAUCCGUGGAGGCAUUUAAGAGGACGGUGGGAAGUGCUUGCAAACUGUGGUCCUGUGCAGUCCCCUCCGAUCUUUGAGUCUCUAUUUAUAUAAAUCUCAGUGAUCGUCGACGGGGAACCUUCUCCAGGCCCCUCCUGG